AUGAAAUCUUAUGUUGACAAGAGGAGAAAUGCCAGAGAAACGAAUCUGAAAGUUGGUGAUUACGUCAGAACAAAAAGACCGGUACAACGACAUAAACUUCAGUCAACAUUGUCUAAUCCGAAAUCUAUUACUCAACGCCUAGGAAAGUCAUCGUUUCGUUUAAGUGAUGGUAGCUGUUGGAACGCAAGAAGAUGUAUACGCGCUUACCAAAACCACGAUCACGAAGAAAAUGAUCAAUAUCCAUUUUACCAUAAUUUCGAUAAUGUGCUACCAAAUGACAAUGUUCCUCCUGACAUUCCAAAUCAGAACAAUCGGCGAAAUCGUAAUCGAGUAGUUCCAGUUCGUAAUCAUCCACAAAGAAUUCGGCAUAGACCUGCCUAUUUGAACGAUUAUGUUUAA